AUGACUCUGUCCGUACUGUGUGUUGUAUUGUGUAUCGUGGGUCCAUUACUCAAAGUGUCUGCACUCCCCAGUACUGAUUUAGAACGGAAGGUUGAGAAUUUUGAGUCGACACUUGAGGCCAUGUCUACCAUUGUACUCCGACUGAUGAAGGAAAACGAGAAACUAGAAACCAUGACUGGCAAUGUAGCGAGACUGAUGAAGGAAAACGAGAAACUAGAAACCAUGGCUGACAAUGUAGCGAAACUGAUGAAGGAAAACGAGAAACUAGAAACCAUGGCUGACAAUGUAGCGAGACUGAUGAAGGAAAACGAGAAACUAGAAACCAUGACUGACAAUGUAACAAGACUGAUGAAGGAAAACGAGAAACUAGAAACCAUGACUGGCAAUGUAGCGAGACUGAUGAAGGAAAACGAGAAACUAGAAACCAUGACUGACAAUGUAGCGAGACUGAUGAAGGAAAACGAGAAACUAGAAACCAUGACUGACAAUGUAGCAAGACUGAUGAAGGAAAACGAGAAACUAGAAACCAUGGCUGACAAUGUAGCGAGACUGAUGAAGGAAAACGAGAAACUAGAAACUAUGGCUGACAAUGUAGCGAGACUGAUGAAGGGAAACGAGAAACUAGAAACCAUGGCUGACAAUGUAGCGAGACUGAUGAAGGAAAACGAGAAACUACAUGUAGAAACCAUGACUGACAAUGUAGCGAGACUGAUUGAGGAAAACGAGCAUCUGAAGAUUAGAGUGAACCUGCUAGAGCAAAUGGUGCGAGGGCCAAAUGACGAAGGGCCGAUUGUCACAGGUGGAAUGGUUAAUAUGGACAGAACUAGGAAGCAGGAGAGUGGGAUUAUCAGAACCACAGACAUGUCUGGAGUGCAGGAUGAAGAAGGGGGUACAAAAGAAUCAUAUCACAGAAUUCAGCAAAACAGAAAGAGAAUAGUGCCAUCAAUGUCUUCUCCAACCGAUCUCGUCGCUUUCCAUGCCUAUUUGUCAAAAGAAAACUUAGGUCCUCUUCCAGCUCACCACAUUCUGAAGUUUGACAGUGUUUCCAUAAACAAAGGACACGGAUAUAACGCUUACGACGGAAUAUUCGUUGCUCCAACUUCCGGAACUUAUGUCUUCACCUGGUCAAUUAUGUCAGAUGGGCAUGGCAACGUGUUUAGUCAAUUGAUGAAAAAUUCUGACAUUGUUGGUAGUAGAUUUGCCGACUCUUCAACUUCCAGUGAAUGGGAUUUCUCAACAGGAAUUGUCGUCGUGGACGUAAAUCAGGGUGACCACGUAUACGUACGGUUAGGGGAAGCCUCUGUGGGAAAUGUACUAAGCUUCAUAUAUAGCAGAACGACGUUUUCUGGGUGGCUUUUAAACUGAGACACUGUCAUACUAGAACACGAUAUUAAAUCGAUCGCAAGUGGUUGUUGUUGACUGUGCAAUGUUUGUUUAAGCAUUGUUCCACAUGUACAAGUCUGCAUCAAAUUCACUCUGUAAGCUCCUUUUAUGUCGAA